CUCCUCGACUUGAUCAGCUAAACCUUGCUGGCAGCACGAGAGCAGUAUUAUGACUACGGCUUUUAUGAGGGAUACUGCAACCUGGAAUAGCAUGCCUAGCAUUUAAAGUUCUGAAAGAGCUUUGACGGAAUUAGAGAGCACAAUGGGAAAUACCAUGAAAACACCAAGAGCCUCCGAAGAGACAAAUGUGUCGAGCCAAACGGGUCAAGAGAGUGAUUUCCUUGCUGUCCUCUAUGACUAUCCUUCGUCAGACAUAAGCCAACCUAUAUUUCAUGUAGGGGAAAAACUACGCGUGCUAUCAGAUGAAGGAGGCUGGUGGAGAGUCCAUUCCCUUACAACAGGUCGAGAAAACUAUAUUCCAGGAAAAUAUGUAGCAAAAGUUUACCAUGGCUGGUUAUUUGAAGGGUUGGGAAGAGAAAAAGCAGAAGAACUUCUAUUGCUACCCAACACCAAGGUCGGCUCCUUCAUGAUCAGAGAAAGUGAAACUAGAAAAGGGUUAUAUUCCUUGUCGGUGAGGCACAGGCAAGUGAAACAUUACAGGAUCUUCCGCCUUCCAAAUAACUGGUAUUACAUCUCUCCACGACAAACCUUUCAGUGCCUUGAAGACCUUGUGAAUCACUACUCAGAAGUUGCUGAUGGUCUCUGCUGUGUCCUUACAACACCUUGUCUUACCCAGUGCACUACCAACAACAGUGUAAUGAACCAAGUUCCUCCUGUGGUGAUGCGGAAUAAAAACUUCAACUGGAGAAAUAUUCACAGGUUGGAGGUGACUGAAAAUACAGAAAGCACCCUGGCAGCAAUGGAUGAUUCUUGUCUUAGCUAUGGAUUGAGAGAAAGUAUCGCUUCCUACCUCUCCUUAACAGGGGAUGACAACACUUCUUUUGCAAGCACCAGAAAGAAGAAAGCCCAAUCUCUUAUAUACACAGGGUGCAAACGCAAGAGUACCCUUCACUUACCACCUACAUACUAUGAAGACUAAAUGUAAGACAACCAG